AUGUUUUCACAAGAUGGUUAAAAACUUACUUUAUGUAGCAAAGAUAAAAAUAUAAGAGUAUAUCAUGUUAAAGAAAAAAAGUAAAUUCUAAAAUUAGAAGGACAUAAAGAUCAAGUAUUCUAAAUUAUAUUUACAUCCAAUCAAUUGAUAUCAUGUAGUCAGGAUAAAUCAAUUAAGUUAUGGGAUAUAAUUAGAGGUCAUGAAAUAAAUAACAUAUGCUUAAAUAGUUUUGCUCGUUCUAUUGACAUCUCAUUUAAUUAAUCUUACUUGGCUUGUGGAUGCUAUGAUGGUUCAAUUGAGAUUUGGGAUAUUUCAGAUAUUUCAAACAUAAAUAAAAAAUUAAAAAUGGCUGGACAUACAAAAAUUAUUGCAUCCAUUGUAUUUUCUCCUAAGGAAGACAUCUUAGUGUCUGGAAGCUAUGAUUAAUAGAUAAUUAUAUGGAAUUAUCAUACUGGAUUAUAAGUGAAAAAAAUGAAUAGUAAUUAGGAAAUCAUUUAAAAGAUCAUAUUCUCUCCUAAUGGAUAAUAUAUAAUAUUUAUCUGUAAAGAUGCAUUUAUUAGGAUUUGGAAUACAGAAAUGGAUGGUCAAAUAAUUACUCUUAAGGGACAUUAAGAUGUAGUAUUCUCAUUGGCAUUUUCAAAAUUUGGUUUAAUCUCAGGAAGCAAAGAUAGAUCAAUAAGAUGAUGGAAUAUAGAAUUAGCUUAAGAGGUAUUCAAGUAAGAUUUAGAUUAGUAAUCCAUUUGUCUAGCUUAUAGUCAAUAAAAAAAAUAUAUUGCAUAUUCUACCAAUGAUUAAUCAAUUGUUAUUGCUGAAUCAUUUUGUUAUGAAAAGGGGGUAUUAAAAGAGCAUAAGAAUAGUGUUACAUCAGUAGCAUUUUCACCAGAUGGGAUGAGAUUGGCAUCAGCUAUCGGCUUUGAGAAAAUGAUUGUAAUUUGGAAAGUAAAAACACUGAAAAAAAUAUCCUCUCUUGAUGCAGAUUAAGUUUACAGAUUUUAGUUUAUGCCUAAUGGAAAAUAGAUUGUAUCUGGAGGGUAUGAUAAUAUAGUUCGAUUGUUUGAUUUGGAUUCAAAAAAAUAAAUAAAAAUAUUUAUAGGGCAUACUGAUAGAAUUAAAUCAAUCACAAUGGAUAAACAAUUUUAUCUGGCAUUCUUGAUUAAUCAAUAAUAUUUUGGAAUGUAGAUAAUGAAGAUAAGCAUUAAAAACAAUUGGAAAGCAAAGUUGGAGUUGUUUUAUAUGCAAACUAAGGACAAUAACUAGCAGUAGGUAUGGUAAAUAAAGUUAUAAUAAUCUUUGAUUCAAUUACUAAAUAAGAAAACAAAAUAUUAUAAGGGUAAAUAGGUGAAAUAUUAGCUUUGGCGUUUUGUCUAAAUGAUUUAAUGUUAGCUUCUGCAGGUGCUUCUGGAAUAAUUUUAUGGGACAUACUAAAUGAAUAAAUCAUCCAAUCACUGAAUGGUCAUUCAGAUUUAGUAUGGUCUGUUUAAUUUUAACCAAAUCAAAAUAUUAUAGCAAUUUGUAGUGCAGAGAAAACAAUUAGAUUUUGGAAUUUAUAUAGUAAAGAAAAUGAGGAAUUAAUAAAUUUGGAAUAGGAUGGCGAAGUUUAUAGUAUUGCACUAUCACCUGAUGGCAAGAUUCUCGCAUCUGGUGGUGAAGAAUGUAAUGUAAAAUUAUGGAACACUAAUCGCCAUUCAGAAUAUCAUACAUUUUUUUGCAGUUAAAGUCAAAGAGCUCUAGUUUCAUUAUCAGGAGAUGAACAAAGUUUGGCAAUAUAGUAUAUUGAUGGAUCUGUAAGAAUAUUUAACACAUCAGAAGGCAGAGAAAUUUAUAAAAUAUUUUUAUAAGAUGCGGAAGCUCUUUCUCUCUGUAUUUCCCCAGAUGGAAUUCAAUUAGCAGCUGGAUUAAGAGACAAAUGCAUACGAAUCUGGAAUACAAAAGAUAAAACAUAUACUGAUAUAGUAGAUAAUAUGUUAGAUGUCUCUUCAUUGGCAUAUUCAUCAGAUGGAUUGAUAUUGGCAGCUGGUAGUCAUUCAUUAAUAAUACUAUUUAAUAGCUCAAAUUUGAGUGAAAUUAGAAGAUUUUAAGGCCAUACAGAUUAUGUUGUUUCUCUUUCAUUUUCUUAUGACAAUAAACAAUUAUUGCCCAAUAGUAAAGAUAACUCUUUGAGAAUUUGGUCUAUUUAAACUGGCGAGUUAAAGUAAUUAAUAUUGACAUCGUUGAUAAAUGUCAAAUUGGCAUUCUUCAAAGAAAAUAAUAUGGAUAGCAUAAUAGUGAAUAAUUUUGAAGAUUAGCCCAGAGAGAUUAUUCUUAGUACAUAUGAAGAAAUAAAAGAGAUUAGACUAACAAAAAAAGAAAUGUUAUUAGCCAAUCUUUAUAACCAUCCAAUAGUUAUCAAGAAUGGAAUUUGA